AUGUCCCCCAACAUCUCCACCGACGCCCAGCGCGUCCUCGACAUCCUCACCAACGGCGGCAUCGCCAUCAUCCCCUCCAGCGUCGGCUACGGCAUCGUCGCCACCGACCCCUGCGCCCUCGCACGUAUCUACACGGUGAAACAACGGGCCCCGCAUAAACGCCACGCCAUCAUCGGCAGCUACCCCCUGCACCGCGCACUCCACCUCCUCCCGUCGGAGAAACAGGAGCUCACGCGCGCCCUGACCGUCACCCUGGACCUACCCCUUGGUAUCAUUGCUCCGUAUCGCGCUGAUCAUCCCCUUCUCCGCAAUCUGGACGCGGAGACCCUGUCCCAAAGCACCGUGGGCCAUACCGUCGCCAUGCUCGUGAACGGUGGGCCGUUUCAGGAGGAGUUGGUUCGGUUGGCGACCGCUGCGGGGAAACUGGUGCUGGGGUCGAGUGCGAAUAUCUCCGGACAGGGAACCAAAGCGGUGGUGGAGGAAAUCGAGGAGGAGGUGAGACGCGCGGCGGAUGUGGUGGUGGAUUACGGACGGGUGCGGUAUGGAAAGCCGCGGGCGUCGUCAACGAUGGUGGAUGUGGGCAAGAUGGCGCUGGUGCGGUUUGGAGCUUGUUAUGAGGUGAUUCGCGAUGUGAUGAAGAGGUUUUAUGGGGUGUUCUGGCCGGAGGAUCCUGGCAGGGAAGUGUUGUUUUCGGGAAGGUUGAAUGAGAUGUCUGCAUCGAUUCCGUGA